AUGCCCCCCAAGGCCGCCGACAAGAAGCCCGCCUCCAAGGCCCCUUCUACUGCCUCCAAGGCCCCUGAGAAGAAGGAUGCCGGCAAGAAGACCGCCGCUUCUGGCGACAAGAAGAAGCGCACCAAGUCUCGCAAGGAGACCUACUCUUCCUACAUCUACAAGGUCCUCAAGCAGGUCCACCCCGACACCGGUAUUUCCAACCGCGCCAUGUCUAUCCUGAACUCGUUCGUCAACGACAUCUUCGAGCGCGUCGCCUCCGAGGCCUCCAAGCUGGCUGCCUACAACAAGAAGUCCACCAUCUCUUCCCGCGAGAUCCAGACCUCUGUCCGUCUCAUCCUGCCCGGUGAGCUGGCUAAGCACGCCGUCUCGGAAGGCACCAAGGCCGUCACCAAGUACUCUUCUUCCACGAAAUAA